CGCCGGGCGUUACAGAGAAAGCGAGGUCUGCUCUCACUCAGUCCUGGCUUGAGUCGUCAGGUUUCGUCAGAGUGCCUUGAGAAUCGCUUUUACCCAUUUUUUAACUAUUGAGACCUUAAAUUUCGUUUUAAAACCCUUUCUCCAUAGCAUUCAAGGGUUGAAUAGCUCUUUAUUACUCUCAAAGAGAGUGUUAGUCCCGAGGCGUUGACUCUGUGAGUGCACAUUUAAUUCGUUCAGGAAAAUGGCAAAGAAUGAUAAGAAGAACGAAUGGAAGGAGUUCUUCUGGAACCCGAGGACGCGCGAGUUCUGCGGUAGGACCGCGAGCAGUUGGGGUCUGAUCCUGUUGUUUUAUCUGGCAUUCUACAUUUUCCUGGCUGCAUUAUUUGUCCUCACCAUGUACGUAAUGCUGCAGACACUUGAUGACCACAGACCAACAUACCAAGAUAGACUUUCAACUCCAGGGAUGAUGAUCAGACCUAAAGGAGAGCAGCUGGAGAUCGUUUACUCACUGGAGUACACAGAGACCUGGGAAAGAUAUGUCCAGGCCCUCAAUAACUUCAUGUCGCCCUACAAUGACUCAGUCCAAGCCCAGAAGAAUUAUGAGUGUAAACCGGAUCAGUACUUCAUCCAGGAGGACAGCGGCAUUUUGAAAAACUUCCCUAAGCGUUCCUGCCAGUUUAAACGCUCCAUAUUGGAGAAUUGCUCCGGGAUCACAGAUCGUUACUAUGGCUACAAUGAGGGCAAGCCCUGCAUCAUCAUUAAGCUCAACCGUGUGAUUGGUCUGUUGCCUGCGAGGGACAGGCAGCCUCCUUACGUCACCUGUGGUGCUAAGAAAUACAAAGUUGGCAAUGAUGAGUGGGCGGAUGACUCAGAUAAACUUGGUGCACUGGCAUACUUUCCCCCUAAUGGCACCUUCAACCUGAUGUACUACCCAUACUACGGCAAGAAAGCCCAGGUGAACUACUCUCAGCCUUUAGUGGCCAUCAAGUUCCUCAACAUCACCAUGAAUGAGGACGUCAACGUGGAGUGCAGGAUCAACGCUAACAACAUUCCAGAGGGUAGUGAGCGAGACAAGUAUGCGGGACGCAUUUCCUUCAAACUGAGGAUCAACUCCUUAAAUUAAAUAGACGAAAGUGUGUUCCUUGUUUUUUUUUUUUUUUGUUUUUUUUACACACAGACACACACAGGCCAGCCUCAUCUAAAAGACUGCAUGAUUAUGUUUAAAAGGCACAACUAGAGACACUAGCCAGACACAGCAAUCCUCAGCACAGAGCAUACUUACACAUUUCAAAGAAAUGUUUUUUUAAAGAUUUUUUUUCGUUUGAGACUGUAGUGAGUUUUUUAGAGAGUUAGCAAGGUUGUUUUUGUGUGUAUUUAUGUGUGUACAUCAGUGUGUGUGUGUGUGUUAGAAUGUAUGAGUUGAGAAACAGUAUUUACUUUCAGAAAUUGUAAUUGCAUGCUCAGCUAUCAGAGCAAUUAAUAAAUAAAUAAAUAAUAUUCUAAUAAAACGAUAUUAGGAAAGGAUUAUAUUUUUUUUAAUGAAAAAUUAUCAGCAUCUAUUAAAUAUCUAUCAGUAUCAUUAAUUAAAGCAAGUGUCUAUGAAUUAAUAUGGCAUGAUCUCAUGUGUGUUUGGAGAAUGUCUUUACUGCUUGUUUUUUUUUUUUUUUUUUUUUGCAUGUGUGUAUCUGUUCUGAAGAGUGGUAUUGAAACCUCUUCUCAGUCUGAUUUGUGGCUUUAUAAGUGAAGAGGAUAUUUUAUACCAACAUGUACAUAAUGCUGUGCACGAUAACGUCACCUAUAUUAUGACAAUACUGCAUUCCUGUUGGUUUUGGAACAGUCUGUACUUUCACAUGAUGAAGUGUGUCACAUUUUCUUUAUCAUGAGGCAAGUCUAUUGAAGUGUGUUUAUAUGUAAAAUAGGUCUUUGCAGUAUUUUACUUCUUUUUUUUUUUUUGGCAUGUGUAAUCCAAUUUGUCUCACAUGUUGAGGGGACAUGAUGUUUUGUAUUGAUUUGCACCAGCUCUGGGUUCAGUUUAAAGGGGUCAUAUGAUGCGAUUUCAAGUUUUCCCUUCUCUUUGGAGUGUUACAAGCUCU